AUGGAAGCGGUGUUGUUUUUUUUGCAGAGGACGCUGGUCGUUGGCGACGAUAAUUUUUCCUUCUCCGUCUGCCUCGCAGACCACUCCGCAUUUGCGGGGGGCCUCGACGUCGCGUGCGGCCUUCAGGAAUCGCUGCUCAGCGACGACGCGAACGCGCGAGCGCGGGAGCUGCGGAGUCGCGGCGUGCAUCUGCACUUUGGAGUGAAUCCCGCUCAGCUUCGGAAUUUCUUUUCGCUGGUCUUUGAUCGCCUCUUGCUCGUCCUGCCCGGCCUCGCCUACCACGGGUGUCCGCCGCUGGUGGACUUUGGGAGCGAAUUGUUUCGUCUGCGGCUGCACCUCUUUUGCUUCAGUGUGUUGAAGUCCUCGCGCCCCGUUGUGAAACCUUCGGGGGAUGCCCUCUUGCUGUGGCCGUCCUCCGACCCCCAGGCCGCGCUUCUGGAGGCGUUUCCAGACGCGGCCGCGCCUGCGGGGGGGGACUCGCUGGAGUCUGGGGCGCCUCAGGCCGCGGCGAAGAAGGGCCCGGCGGGCGAGGGGGACGACGCGCGAGCCCAAAUAAGAGACGCAGAGCAGGAGGAGACAGCUCGCCUGGAAGAGACGCGCGGCGAGGGCGCGUUAGACGAAGGCCUCACCCAAGGGACGGAAUCGGGGAGGAACGGCGAGCAGCAAGAGGAGACUCGGCCUGCCAGCGGAGGCGAAGACAGGACUCCUGAAGCCUCGAGAGGAGGAGGAGAUACGCCUGCUUGCCUGCAAGGUUUUCCAAUGAUUCAGUUCGACAAGCUCGCCAAGUUCUGCGCAAUGACACGCGCGCCAAUGCGGGAUCUCCGCCUCGACUUGAGACUCUUCGGCGCAUGGGCGCCCUCUGUUCAUCGGCAUGAAGCUCCCGACGGCGACCAGGCUGCGCAGUUAUUCGAUGGAAUCAAAGAGAAGCGGGCUCCGUGGCUCAGCCGCCUCGUUUUUCAUUCGCUUCUUUUCCAGGAGGAAGCGAAGGAGUCGGGCGCACACGCGGAGGAGUUCAAUAUCCUGCGUGUGCCCGCGAGUGUGAUGAAAUUCUCCAGAGAAGUCCUUCCUCAUGUAAAUGAGCUGUUUCUCUUCAAACUUUUCGGGUGCGACUCCACGUCUGUCACUAUCAGCAAGUUAUCCCUUAAAUACGACCCUAGAAUCGCGGGUUGGCGUGGCCAAGGUGUAGGGGGCCCAGGAAGACCCGCGGUGAAGGGCCCGGGGCCCGCUCGGGGGGACGUUCCCCAUCACGGCGGGGGGUACUGGCACCCGCCAGCUCAGGACCCCGCGACUGCUCACGGCUUGGGACGCGGUGGGCCUCACGGCCCCCCGGGUUUCCGCCCCCCACCCCGACCCCACGUCGGCACAGGAGGACCCUUUUACGGCAGCCGGCCUCCCGGGCGUCCUGCCGUGUCGAGCUCCUUUGCUGAGAGCGGGGCAGGGGUGCCCCCGGCCCUUGGUGACGUGCGGGGAACCCUACACUCUCGCCCCGUGGGUCUCCCGUCCCACAGAGCCCCUGGGUCUAUGGGAGGGCGGGACAGGCCGGUGCCGCGGAGGUCAGGGGGCGCAUUCGCCCCGCUCGGAGGCGACGGAGCGCAGGGCCCGGGAGAGGAUGCUGGAGGUCACCACGUGCCGAGUAGGCCGUACGGAGGCGGCACGUCCUCGCCUCCCAACGGAAACAUGGGGUACCCCGGCAGUCCAGGACUUGGAGGCCACUUCCACAGCAGGGUAGCCCCUGCGGGGCAAGCUGAGGGGCGGGGCGCGAUGGCCCCGGCGGGCCCUGGGUGGGGGGAGGGCCCCAGCGUGGCUCCCGGAGGACGAGGAGGUAGGGGUGCUGGCGAUGACGGCUGGCGUGGCUACGAGCCUUGCUCGAAUACGGGGUAUGGCGCUGCGCGGUUCAACGCCAUGGGUCCCGCGGGGGCAGACCGUGUUGAUGGUGCGGAGCUGCCGGUCUACGGGCAUUGCGAGGGAGCCAGAAAAGAGCAGGCUUUCUUAGGCUACGGCGGAGCUCCGGAUCAAAGUCCCCCCCUAGGGGGCUACCCGCACGGGCCCCCCAGCCCCCCGCCGGAGCCAGGGUACCGGGGACCCGCAGCCUCCGCUCUUGUACAUCCAGGAGGCGCACCCGGCGGAGACGCGUCAGGGUACUACCAGCCUCAGGAGCACACCUACGCCUACGCCGACCAGGAAAACCAAGUCUCCCGGCCGGUGCUCGGGAAUGGCCUGUCGUACGCCUCCGAGCCGCCGGCGAAGCGGUGGCGCACGGGUGACCCGUUGCUCGCGGACGGCGGGGCCGCUCCCUACGCGUAUCCGCCGACGAUUUCGUGUAGACCCCCCCGUUCCCUUCAGGAGACAGGCAACUCUUCGUGGCGAUAUGCGGCCUCUGAACCGGCCGCGUACGACCCGGUAACAGGGUCUGCGCCCUGCGACCCCACCCAGGGCGUCUACUCCGGCGGGGCCCCGGGGGGGCCUGGGGAGCGCGGUUUGGGUAGGGGGACGUUGGAGGCGGCUCACAGGUACGGGGGUCCUGCUGGCUCUGCGGUGGCGGGAGGCUGGGGCGCCGAGGACGGGAGUGCUGCCCUCUACGGAACGGCCUACGCCGCAGCAGAUCGUUACUACUACGGAGGACAGUCGCCGCAGCCGGGAGCUGACCCCAGAAGCGCCAGCGCGUCGCGGAUGGGGGAUCCAGAGGGAUACUACGGGACGCAAGGAGGCGGCAUGCAUGCCAGCAGCAUACACCACAUGAACGCAGGAGCUGCGGGUGGAGGCCGCUGGUCGCCGGCGGCCGCGGGCGCGGUGGACGGCUCUUUGUCCACCGGGCUCCCACGAGGCAGCGAGAGCUACGAGAGCUACUGCUCCCCUCAGCAGCCGCCUGUACAUCACGCCUGCGCGCCGCCCGCGCCAGCCACAGCGUACACUGGCGGGCUGACUCGAGAGCCCCACCACCGCCGACCUGCUCCGGGCUCGCCGUACUACGGCGCCCCGACUGGGGACGUGGCGGCCCCAGCGCGGCCCGCUGGACCCGUGACCGGCCCCGGGGGGCUAUCGGGGGCGUGCUCGGCCCCCGCCGGCACUUCGGCUGAGCGAGCCGGAGGGCAGGGCGGAAACAGCUACGCAGUUCCAGGCCGUCACGGCUGCGCGUCGUCGGGAGAAAACGGAUACGUACAAGCAGACAGCUACACAGGCAAGCCCUACGCACGCCCAGCAGGGACUCCCUACGCGGCUCCGGGGAGUGGGGGCCCUGGAGGGCCCUACGCAGCGGGCGGAGGAGGCACCUCGCACGCGUCGGGAUACUCGGGGUAUGGAGCGGCAGCAGCGGCGGGCCGCAGCGGAAGCCAUGUGGGGUCGACUGCGCUGGGGCCCAGAGCGACUGGCGGAUACGCCAGCUACUGCUCUUCGGCGUAUGGCGCGGGCGGCUCCAGCUCAACGGCGAGUGGAGCGUCGGCCGCGGGGCCCUCGGGCUCGACAGGCACUGGUGCGAAGGGUGGGUAUGCGUAUGGAAGGUUUUAG